UUUUGAUGGUGGCGCAUUAUCUUCAUAUAUGGCUUCCUAUUCUGUCUUCAGGUCUGAAGCCGCUUCAACAUUUUUUCAAUGGCCGCUACCUUCUCCACCAUUCAUUCAAGCGUUCGUCCAGCAACUGUUGGGUCGGUAGCCAUCCAUCGAUGCUACACCGGGAGCGUUUUCUCCAUCCCAAAGUUACGGAGGCGUACUCUUACUUCUAAGGAAUUAUCAUCGGCUGCUGCUUUCUCGCCGUCUAUCUUGUCGCUCACCGCUUCCUAUUCUCGCCGCAUAAGCCACUUCACUACCUUGACUAAAGCAGUAUUACAGGAAACACCAUUGCAGGCAAAGGUCACCCAAAAGGUAUAUUUUGACAUUAACAUUGGCAACCCUCAGGGGAAUCCUGAUGGGAGAGUUGUGAUAGGGCUCUUUGGUGAUGAUGUACCCCAAACAGCGGAGAACUUCCGUUCUCUGUGCACAGGGGAAAAAGGCUUUGGUUAUAAGGGAUGCAUAUUCCAUCGUGUCAUAAAGGAUUUCAUGAUACAAGGGGGUGAUUUUGAGAACGGAAAUGGCACUGGAGGUAAGAGCAUAUAUGGUCGUACAUUCAAAGAUGAGAAUUUCAAGUUGUCUCAUGUGGGACCUGGAGUUGUAAGCAUGGCAAAUGCAGGACCUAAUACAAAUGGGAGCCAGUUCUUCAUAUGCACUGCUAAGACUGGAUGGCUGGAUGGAAGGCAUGUUGUGUUUGGGCAAGUACUGGAGGGCAUGGAUUUUGUUAGGCUUAUUGAGUCACAGGAAACUGACCGUGGAGAUCGGCCCAAGAAGAAGGUGACUAUCGUAGAUUCUGGAGAGCUGCCAGUGGCUUGAAGGUGUAGGCCGUAGGGAGAGAUCAGAAUUUAGUUUUGAGAGAGAAAGACAGAGAGAGAUGCAGUUUCAUCACCAUUGCUAUUAUUGUUUACUUGCUGAAAUUAUUAUAUUGUUAUAUGCAUGCAUGGUCAUAUUAAACAGUUUGAUUUAAUUAUAUAUUAUGUAAUUUGAUCAUAAUAUGAUUUAAUUUUAUAUAGUUUUUAUAUAAUUAGGUUUGAUCA